GUGCCGGUGUGACUGACAGCCGCGCGGCGGGAGUGGACGGCGCGGCGGGAGUGGACGGCGCAGAGCUCAAGCGCUGCGGCAUGGCGCGCGGCUGCCUGCAGGGCGUCAAGUACCUCAUGUUCGCCUUCAACCUGCUCUUCUGGCUGGGAGGCUGCGGUGUCCUCGGUGUGGGCAUCUGGCUGGCCGCCACCCAAGGGAACUUCGCCACCCUCUCCUCCUCCUUCCCAUCCCUGUCGGCUGCCAACCUGCUCAUUGCCACCGGCACCUUCGUCAUGGCCAUUGGCUUCGUGGGCUGCAUUGGGGCCAUCAAGGAGAACAAGUGCCUGCUGCUCACGUUCUUCGUGAUGCUAUUGCUGGUGUUCCUGCUGGAGGUUACCAUCGCUGUGCUAUUCUUGGCCUACACAGACCAGAUCGACAGGUAUGCCCAGCAAGACCUGAAGAAAGGGCUGCACCUGUAUGGCACGCAGGGCAACGUGGGCCUCACCAAUGCCUGGAGCAUCAUCCAGACAGAUUUCCGCUGCUGUGGUGUCUCCAAUUACACUGACUGGUUUGAGGUGUACAACGCCACGCGCGUGCCUGACUCCUGUUGCCUCGAGUUCAGCGAGAGCUGUGGGCUACACGCCCCGGGCACCUGGUGGAAGGCGCCCUGCUACGAGACUGUGAAGGUCUGGCUGCAAGAGAACCUGCUGGCCGUGGGCAUCUUUGGGCUGUGCACGGCGCUGGUGCAGAUUCUGGGCCUGACCUUCGCCAUGACCAUGUACUGCCAGGUGCUAAAGGCGGACACCUACUGUGCAUAGCAGCACAGACACCAGCCCUUCUCUGCCAAAGGACACGCCCAAGGGGAGGCCACACCCCAGGGCUGAGCACACGCGCACGGGGAGGCCACAUCGCCAGACCAGACACCCAAGGGGGUGGCACGCUCCGCACUCCCCCGGCUGCAGGACUUGGCGCGGGGGACAGCAGCGAGUGCCCGGAGCUGUCGGGCAGCUGUUGGGUGGACCUGUGUGGGAGGGGCUUCUGGCGCUUCUGAUCUCCAUGUAUUCUCCAGCACAGCGGUAGCACAGUGGGCUGGAACAGCAGGGCACGGGCACAGGACAGCCAUAGGCACCCUGCCGAUCCUGGUGCUCUGGGUGGGGCCCUCAUUCA